GGGGCCGACCCCGGGUGGUGUCAGUGGCUGGGGUGUGUUCAGCGUGCAGAGACGGAAGAACCUGCAGUGCAGCGGGGACUGGAAAACAGGAAAUCAAGAUGGAACCCGUUCCCGGCCUGUGUUUUGGGAGCGUUUAUCUCUUUGUCCACUCCGACGAUAUCCACCUCUCCGAUCAGUAUAAAAAUCAAACAGGUCUUAUGUACAAAGCAUUCAGUACUUCUCUAGCAGAGUCCUCUAAGGAUCAUCAACGCUCCAUCGAAAUCCUUAAGAUUCACCCAAACGAUAGGAACCUAAUCCUCUAUCUAAAAUUCUGCGUGCUGGAGCUAUGCCAAGCGUUUCUUGUGGAUUACAAAGAGAGGAAAGUACACCAACGCAUACAGAAUAACCUGAGGAGUUGCUUAUCACAAGGAUCUGUGCAAGUUAUUCUGGAGCUCAAGGUUGACUCCAUAAAGCUUGAUGAUAUACUUCAUAAGGAACAAGAGUGUCUGGGACAUAUCAGUUCAUCGAAGCCCAGUUACCAGAAAGAUGAUGAGUUAGCUGAACUGGACAAGCAUUUCAUGGAAAUGACUUUGGAACCAAGUGCUCAGCAAAACAACAUAUCCCAUUCAACAAGCUCCAUCAUGACCUCUCCACCCCAGUCCCUCCACUCAGACGGAAGUCUAGCUUCCGAGAGGUCUACAUUUUGCUUUCACGAACAAGAGUAUGCGGACAGGCCUCUCACAUUUGAAGAUCAGCAGCGGUUUGCCAACCUUGUUGGUAAGGAAUGGAAGAAGGUGGGCAGAUCUCUGGGUAAAACCUGCAGAGCUUUGCGUGACCCUGCUGUCGACAAUCUGGCAUGGGAGCUUAAACAAGAGACUCUGUACGAGCAAGCAUACCAGUUACUGCUCCGAUUCAUCCAGGGCGAGGGAAGGAAAGCCACUUUAAAGAGACUCGUGGACGCGCUGGUGGAACAUAAUCUGAUUAGAAUUGCUGAAGAAUUGUUACACGAACAGCAGAAUGGGCUACUCUAAUAGACUCGUAUAUACAGUGUAAGUCGGCAACAAGGUAACAGACUGGACUCUAGUCCUUCAAGUUAUAUGGAACACAACUACUGGACCACUGCACGUUGACCAUCAUACAAGUGAUUCCCUGAUCUGUCAGCACAAGAGGCACUGUGGGUGGGCAAUAAAUGGGAUUUGGGUAGUGAGUUGAGUGGA